AUUCAAACCCUUGCGGAAUAAGGAUGAAUAUGUUAAGGCAUUAUGCCUAGCCCUAAAGAUUGGGAUAACUUUGAAAUUUUCACACAUUUAUGCAUGUUUAAUUAUAUAAGUUCACUCAUAAAUGUCACAAGCUUAUGGAUAUGGCAUGCGUUCCUCUGUUCAAUAAACAGCAGUGUUAUAACUUUGAUGUUUUGGUUAAGCUGCACAGUUUGACAGCUGUUCCUUACGUUAACUCAGUCACUUUCGCAAAGCUUCGGCUUUUGAACAGUCGAAGUUCUGCUCAAUACUCUCCCAGAACUGAAAUCCGAAAUAAUAUUGUGACUUGGAACAGUGAACAUCGUUUCCAUUGCAAAUUCAAAAGCAAUGCUGAGACAACUAUAUUAGAUCCAAACAUUUUAAAGGUGUCUAUCCGCAUGGAAACAAAAGGUGGAAAAUCAUUUCAUAAAGUUGGUUUUGUCAGUAUCAACUUAUCAUCUUUCGCUGCUGUUGGAAAUGUAAUUAAUCGUCGUAGAUAUAUUUUAGAAGGUUACGAUGAGAAACGUAAACGUCAGGACAAUUCUCUUUUAUCAAUUUCAUUCUGUCUGCGACAAUUGACUGGAGACAAUUGUUUUCGAACACCAAAAGAGGAUUUAAGUAACUGUUUAAUCGAACCACCUGAUUUUAUUGAAUUACCAGAAACUGAUUCUGAAACUAGAGAAUAUUCUGUUACAGACUGUUCACUUCUGAGUAGUGCACACAAUGCAACAACAACUACUAAUAUUAAUAACACUUCAGUUACGAAUCAAAAUUCGAAUGAUUUAAAUAUUUUAAAAUCUGUAGAUAAUUCAGUAAGUAAAUUAACCAACAAUCCGUUAGAUAUACUACAUUCAUUAAAUUUGGAUACAGUAUCGUCCUCAUAUAUAUUAUCUACGCCAGCUUCCUCCUCAUCUUUAACAACAGAAACAGUAUCAUCAACUUCAUCUCCAGCUCCAUUAUCAUCAAUUGCUGAUAUAUCGUCGAAAAAAAUUAACUAUUCUACCUCAUUUAGUCAUUUUAAAAUGUCUUCGUGUGAUAAUUCAUCUGUAUAUCCUGUUGGGUCAAGUAGCUGUGUUUCAAAGUCAUCAAUUUGUCAAAAUGAGUUGGUUUCUUCACAAACAAAUAUAAACCAAUCAUCAAAUGCUUUUACACAGGCAGAUCAAUCACAGUCAUUUUAUUGUGACAGGUUAUCUGAUUCAAGCUCUGUGACACCUAUUUCAAAUUCCACAUCAUCCACUCCAUGUUCAAUGUCGAAAGGGAGUUUAUUACUUCGAUCCCCUCUUACUCUCCCAUUAGAUAAAUCAUUCCCAUCAGCACGUGUAAACCCACAACAACAGAAUUUGAUGAUAGAUACAUCUGCUAUUGUUGAGUUAGACAAACAAUUGUCUAGUGUUACAUAUGAUAAACCUCGUUCUGGUCAGAAUGUUACAUUUAAUAUACUUAAUCCAGAUAAUGUAACUUGUUAUUCUUUACCAAAUCGGCAUCAUUUACCUAAUUUAUGUAUGACCGCUGAUACUCCCUCAGAUGAAAACAGACAAAACCCCAAUAUUAUUGAAACUGAUCCUAGUAUUAAGUAUUGUAACUAUGGUAAAAAGUCUUAUGAUUAUUUUGCCACAGACAGUGUUCUUUUAGUACGAUCAUCUAGACGACGUAGAAUUAGACCUGAUUUACAAGUGUUACCAUCAAUGAACACUGAUUUAAAAAAUACCGAUCCUUCCUCUCCUAAUUCCACUUCAGCUGCUGCUCAUCCGUCUACUUCUAAAUUGAAUCCAUCAGAUUGUUUGAGGCCUGAAAAUGACUCCUCACUAUCGUCAAUUUCUUCAUCUACAGCUACUGCGUCUACUGCAACAGUCGGUGUAUCACACAUAAUGUCUAAGAGUGGUAUAGCAAUGGAUUAUUAUUACUCAUCAGGCUAUCAAUCACACUCGAGACAGUCAAGUCUUGAAUCACAAGCCGUUGGUUCUAGUCCACCAUUAUUAUCAGCGGAAGUAUGCACACAGACUCAGUAACUGUUGGUAUUAUGUAAGUAUUAUUUUUAUGUUUAUAUGAAUAUUAGCUGGUAUAUUUGUUUGAAAUUUUAUCAAGUAUACAUAUAGACUGUUUUAUUUGGCUAGGGAUUAAUAUGAGGCCGUUUUAAAUUUUUUUCUGAUAGAAAUAUCAUAAUUAAAUCAUUUCUGUGAGUUUUAAACUUGUAUUAAUUUGAUUUUUUGCAUAUUUAAUUCUGGCUGGGAAGAGAGAAAAAACUCCUCGUUUUAUUUAAAUCGUUUAUAUCACACAUGUGUUGUUUAUUUGCUUUCUAAAAAUAUCCUCAUCGCUUUUCUUUGAUUGAUAUAUAAUCUCGUUGAAUCUUAUCAUGUAAACGUCUUGUAUGUUAGUGGAUUAUUCAUAGGUGUUUUGUAUCAUUUUGAAUAAUCUAUGAACACAUGAUUAUGCUUAAUGUCAAACUGUUUUUACAAAUCUUUGGAAAAUUGUAUAUAGUAAAGCUGGUAGUGGUGAGGAUGGUUUGAAGAAUUCUACAACCAACCUUGGAUCUAGAUUUCUUUCUGCUCGGGACUCGUCAGAAAUAUGUACCUAUAGUGUUUAGGGAAUUGAUGCUCCAUGGCGGGUUCGAUCUUGUAUGACCCGGCUUCAGUGUCAUCAACGAGCUGUUCGGACCGCGAAUGAUCUUUUGUAGGACUGAGGUAUUUUUACAAAUACUUGGUCACUGAGUAGUGAGGAAUUCCAUCUAUUUAAAGUCCUUAAUGAUGACCGUGCUCUCAAUAAAUCGUGUCUUUAAACUAAAAUGUUGUAUUUCUUUAGAUAUUUUGAAACUGAGAGUUAGUGAUGAAGAUGAGUAAUGUAUCUUGUUGAAGUUCCUGGUAUGCUGUCAUCGUAAGUCGGCUACAACGUAAGACCAGGCACACACAUGCAUCGGUCCAAGUUGCCAUACCUCAUUAUCACAACAAUAUGAACGCCAAAUUCAUAGAAGCUGUUACUUCAAUGGUAGUAAUAUAUAAAAGAAACAUUAUAUAUGACAAUAUAGCACAG